AUGGCCUCCACAGACAAACCUCAGAUCCUCUUUCUCUGCCUCGAACACCGCGACUACUUCGACUCCUCCUACUCCACACUCUUCAACAUACUGAUCCAAGUGGCGCACGUCCAGCGUGCAAAGACUGCAACCGCCGCAAUCAGCGCCAUCACCUCAACCGCCUUCAAAGCAAUCAUCAUCGCUGAUGAAGGCCUCACUAACCACGACCCUGCAAGCCGACAAGUCCUCGCCAAAGUCAAGACUUACAUCGAAAAUGGCGGCCUCGCAAUCGCCGGCCUGCACUUCCCAAACUUCUCGGGAAUGAUCAAGUUCAAUUUGUUCUUCAAGGGAUUCGGCCUUCCCUGGAAAAUGGGCGACUGGCUCCGCACCACUUUCCAGCUUAAUUCGUCCGCUACCUUGCCUGAGAGUACUGAGCUCGCAUCAUUGCCUCGGCCGUACAGUAUGAAGGUACACCAUAUUAAGCACGCCAGGCCCCAGGAGAAGAUCUUGGUCCCUGUUCCGGGCGCGAUGACGCAGAGUAAUGUUUUUGCGCCGGAGCCUGUUGAUCAGGAGCAGGCUGCUGUUGUGGGGGCAAGGUUCGAUUUGGCAUUGACCCUCGGCGUCGGCGUGCAAGACGGCGAGCUCUUCGAGGCCGCCGCCAAUCACGGCGUCAUUGCCGUUGGCGGGACAAACAAGCCGACUCUAAUCUCAUGGGUUGCUACUGUCGUCGGCUGGACCCUCGGCGGCGGACACGGGCUGAUGACAGGCCACUACAGCAUCGGGGCAGACAACAUCCUGCAAGCGACGACCGUGACCCCAACGGGCUCAACACUCACGGCAGACGCCUUCCAAAACCAAGAUUUCUUCUGGCCGAUCCGCCGCAGCGGGACCUUCGGCGCCGUGGCCGAUCUCACGCUCAAAGCAUACCCAAACCCCUCAGUCGUGCUAUGCGGCCUGGACUUCACGGCCCGCAAUACCACGACCAAGAUGCAGUGCGGGUACUGCACGAUCAAGGAGCGUCAUGAUUCCGAGGCGCUGGCGUACGCAGGCUCGCUCUUUAUGCAUGAUGCGAGUGUUGAGAAUGCCACGGCUGCAAUGCGUCCGCUGCGUCAGCUCCUAGGCAGAUAUAACGGUACUUCCGAGGCCGCCGCGACAGACGGGCGGUUCCGGUUUGACCGAUUUGCGAAUCUCACGGCCAUGCUGUCCUCGUAUGAGACCGUCGGCACGGUCAACGGGAUCACGGCAUUCAGACUCCUCACCAAACAGACGCUGCAGGAUGAGACGAAGCGUGGGCUCCUUGCGCGGACCCUGCAGGAGGUUGGACCGCAGACUGUUGCGCAGACUAACGGACUCCCCAACCCCUCCAUUUCCGGCACAAUGACGCUCAGCUUGCAGCGCGUCUCCAACGCGCUCAGCCUGCGGACGGGGCGUACUUGA